AUGCUGGAGAGUGGUCAGAAGAUGGAUGUGGAUGAUGACGCACAGGCUGCAGAUUUAGCUGCCAUGUUUCCGCAACCAGGCAAGGGGCGUACUAUGGCGUCCACGUUAUCAAUGGCAAGUGUGGAGGUGUGUGCGUCCGUGUUUGGAAUCACUGUUUUCGUCGACUGCGAUGGCACUGUCGUCGAUGCAAGCAACAUUCGUCGCGUUGGACACGUGCUGCAUGAGGCUCCGACGUCGUGUGGAAUAGAAGGGUGCUCAAUUGAAGCAUCGAUGUCACCGUUGAGAUUCGUGGCGACGAUGGUGGGAUAUUGA